AUAAAGGAAUUCCGAGAACGAGUAGUCAAUAGCGGAAGACAGACCACCGGUCUUGACUACUCACUUAUUGUGGACGACAUCAGUAGUCUGCUCGACCUCUGCAUGACUCUGCGACAGGUCUACCAGCUGGUGGAUAGCCUUGGAGGAGAGGCCUGUGACUUGCUAGUGCUUGGAUGUCAUCUGGACGAAUUCCACUCGGAGGAGGGCCUGCUACGUCUAGUUCACCUGCUUUCCAGACGAUCUUUUUGUGUCCUCGAAGUCACACCGCUGGUGAAUGGUUACACUACCUCCGUGGAUGGACAGUUGAAGAUUUCGUUUACGCCGAGGAAGUCAAUGGACGUCCCGCCGCCACGUCAGGUCUUUCAUUAUAAGGCUGAAGGUCGUGCCAUCAAGUGUUAUCCUCUGGGAGCUUCCAAUUUGAUGCGGUGA